CCCACCCUCACCACUGCCUGCCCAAGCGUGACUCGUUUUGAAAACAGCACGUACCAGUAUGCUCAGUUGUUCACCUCACUCUUGUGACGUGAUAGUGUUUGGCAUAUUGCUUCCACAGUUUACUUGACAAAUAUACCGACUGUCGUGAAGUUCCCAUGGCAGUAUGGGUCAGUGCAUGAGGAGAUCUGAUGAUAGCCUUAAAAGAACUAAGAUAUAUAUUUAUAUAUAUAUGAGGGUUGAAGACUAGCAGUAGCCUCUUGAUUCAGGUGGAUUUGGUUCACCCAUUUGAGCUGAACGAAUUUCAUUCAAGAAAAGCUAGCAACUUUUUUCACUCUCUCCUUGUGGUUGAAGUAUUCAAUGCUCUUGUGGUGUUUCCUAAUUGAGAUAUUCUCUGUGGGGGUAUGUUUGCUUUCGCCCGAGCAUCUGAUACUUAUCAAUUUUUGGUUUAAAGUUGGUUGAUUGGUUUUCGGCAAGUAAUUAAUUACCAUAUAUGCUAAGUGGUGCAGUUAUAGCUAUUUUGGCGAUUUUGGGAAGGCAAAUCUUUGAUUAUUUGGGGGUUUCUCUUUAUUUGGUGAAACUGGUAGUUCAUUGAUUUGAUAUUAGAGAGGAAAUCUGGGAAAGUUUAUCAUUGGUUAUAGAUUGCUGAUUUUCCUGGUUCCUAAGGUUGUUCAAGAGAAUUACAGCUUUUGGAUCAAUUAAUGUGCUGAUCAUGACCAAACCUGCCCGUAACCGCAUCAUACUCAAAGAUGUAAAUGAUAACAUCAGUGACCAUCUCCGAAAUCACAUGCAUUUGACAAACUGCAUUCAUCUAAAGAACCACCACAUGCGUAGUAAGCAGAGUCCCAUUUUGGCCGCUGCCAAUAGGUCCCUCAUGAGAGACCUUGCUGUCCUUCAGAGAUCAACAAGGUCCCUCAGGGAUCCUUCUACAAGCCCGCCCCAAGUCCGUUUCGGAACAUCAGCUGAUGAGAACAGGCUUCAAGAUGAUUUUAAAGAUUUCAUCCAUGGAAAUGGUUAUGGAAACUCCACACAUAGGAGUAUAAAUGUCAAAAACAGGAGAAGACGUAGAAAAUGUGAUACAACAUUGGAUGGGAGUGAGUUGUCUGUCGCUUCAAAUUCUUUUGGCCAAUGUCAAAACCAGGAUGUCUCCAAGAAUAGAUGUGGCAUUCCCUGGAACUGGUCAAGAAUUCACCGUAGUGGAAAAUCCUUUCUUGAUCUGGCCGGCAAAAACUUGUACUGUGGGUUUUCCGAGUCAACAAGGUCAAGAAUCCAUGCCGAUUUUUCUGGAGAGUUGGGUAUUUUUGCGGGCAAUAAUCUGCUAAACGAUGAUACUGACUCCGAACUUGUUUCCGAAGCUAGGUUUUGCGGUAAAUGCUGUUCUCUAGGUCAUAAUGGCAACAGUUUCAGGCACUGGAGUCUCACUAAUAAAUACAUGCCUAUGACCUUCCGGGGUUUGGUUGGACAAAAUUUGGUUGUAAAAGCUCUUUCCAAUGCCAUCCACAAGAGGAAGGUCGGGUCACUUUAUGCGUUCUAUGGGCCAAGCGGUACGGGAAAGACUUGCUGUGCACGGAUAUUUUCCCGGGCUUUAAAUUGCAAAUCUCGUGACCAUCAUUCCAAGCCUUGUGGAGCUUGCAGUUCUUGCAUCAACAAUCUAAAUGUAAGAGAAAUAGGUCCAGUGAGUAAUGUCGACUUUGAGGAUAUUAUGGACCUUCUUGAAAUGAUGAGUGUUUCUCAGUACAGAGUAUUUAUCUUUGAUGGUUGUGAUAAUUUAGCGACUCGCUCAUGGAAUGCUAUUCUGAAGUUUAUAGAUCGUGCACCUAGGAAAGUUGUUUUCGUUCUUAUUUGUUCAAGACUCGAUGAGUUGCCUCAUAUGAUCAUAUCCAGGUGUCAAAAGUUCUUUUUCCCAAAGUUGAGAGAUGUGGAUAUGAUCCGUACAUUGCGACGUAUUGCUGCUGAAGAGGAAGUGGAGAUUGACGAGGAUGCAUUGAAGCUUGUUGCAACAAGAGCAUAUGGAUCUCUCAGGGAUGGGGAGAUGACUCUUGAGCAGUUGAGUUUGCUUGGGCAGAGAGUUACUGUUUCUUUGGUUCAAGAACUAGUCGGGCUAAUUUCUGAUGAGAAAUUGGUAGAUCUACUUGACCUGGCAUUAUCAGCAGACACGAUCAACACUGUGAGAAAUCUUCGGGGGAUAAUCAAAGCCGGGGUUGAGCCCUUGGCUUUAAUGUCUCAACUAGCUACUGUUAUAACUGACAUUCUUGCUGGUAGCUAUGACUUCUCAAAAGAUAGGUCACAGAGGAGGAAGUUCUUUCGCCGCCAUGCAUGUAUGCGUUAACCAAAGACGAUUUGGAAAAAUUACGGCAGGCUCUGAAAACAUUAUCAGAAGCUGAAAAGCAGCUGAGAGUAUCAAAUGACAGAGUCACGUGGCUUACGGCAGCUUUACUUCAACUUGCGCCUGAUCAGCAAGAUCAACUUCUCAUUUCCUCCGCAGACACAAGUUUUAAUCAAAGUCCCCUUGGAUUGUUCAACUAUGGAGGAGAAACAGAGUUGUUGAAAACAGAAAACGUUCAAACAGGGAGUUCAAUGAGCAAUUACAAUGACGGUACUGAGAAGAGAGGUAUUAUUGAACGAAAACAACAUAGUAUUGCAGAUAUUUGGAUGGAUGUAAUAAAAAGGAUUAAUGUAACGAGCUUAAAGGAGUUCUUGUAUCAGGAAGGAAGGCUGGUCUUGGUUAGAUUUGGUGCAGCUCCAAAGGUACGUUUGGUUUUCCGUUCACAUGUAUCGAGAUCCAAGGCAGAGAAAUUUAGAGUACAUAUUUCACAAGCAUUUGAAUCUGUUCUUGGAUCAUCCCCUGUGAUGCUCGAGAUCAGAGAUGAAUCAAGGAAAGAUCUAAAGGCAGGAUUAACUGUCUUUCCCACAUCUCGUGGCGGUUCAUCGUCUCACAUUCAAACAAGCUUCAGUCGUCACACUAGGCUUCAAAAAGAAAGAGUAGGAGCUUUGCCUGGAGAUUUUUACUCCUCUGGAACAGCAGAAAAUGAGAUUGUAGAAUUAGAAAGUACACCCUCGAGAGUAGCCAAACAACUUGAAGUGAGACAAUUGGGGAAUAUAGAACAGAAGAAUAUGAGCCUAGUGAGAGGGAAGGUGUCUCUUGCUCAAGUGCUGCAACUGGCAGAAGGAUGUGCACAGCAGCCGCAGUCCAUAUGGUCACACCGCAUGGCAGUCUCUUUUGCUGAAAAGCUUGAACAUGACAAUCUGAGACUGGAGCCCAGAUAUAGGAGUUUGUUUUGCUGGAAGUCUAGAAGGGUAUCAUGUCCAAAGCUUAAGCGGUUGAGAACCAGAAGUAGGAGACCAAAAGCUUUACUGAAGUUGGUCUCUUGCGGGAAGUGUCUCUCUGGCAGGUCUUCAAGGUAAACACCAUAGAAAAACUUACCAGAUGGCAACUGAAUGCUUAGGUGCAGAUUUCCAUUGUAUUUUUGUUUUGUUUUGUUUUAAUGCAUACCUCGUGAAAAGCUAAAAAUUUUGUUAGUUAGCUACAUUUUCUAGAGGUAGAAACACCGUUGGUAAGAAAUGGUGAUUAGAGCUUCUACUUGUUAAGGUUUAGGCCUCUUUCAAUUGCAUUAUCUGUUACAUAUUGUAGAUGUUUUUAUAUAGGAAGUUGCCAUUUUUGGGUGGACAACUGGAACAAGCAGAUCAUCCUUUAGCAGCAUGUCUUCUAAAAGAGUGACACGAAAUUACGAAGUAA